ACCAAAACAAAAAGCAGUGGGAAGAGAAUGAGACAAGAAAAAGACAAAUUCAUUUGACCACAGCAGUAACAAAGCGCAGCUCCUUUCCCUUCAACUCUACUCAUUAUUUGAUUCUUGACAAAAUCAAAAUACUAAAGCAAAGCAAAGUUUCUUUUUUUCUUUCUUGUUUCUCCUUUUUGCUCCCUUUUACUCGCGAACCUUAAACAACGCCCGCAUAAAUCCAAAUAGUAAAACCCAACCCCCUUUUUCCCAAUUUGCAAUUAAUCUUCCAUCUCGAUGAGAUGCAGAUAGUAGUUAACUGAUCACGGAGCUGGCAUUUCCCCUUUCUCAAAAUGGCUGUCUAGGAUAAAUCUGCAACCACAAUUGUGGAGGGCUCAUUUCUUUCUUCCUUCCCUUUUUUUUGAUUUUGGGGUUCUGUUUUUGGGGGGUUUGGGUUAAAUAAGUUCAAUUCAGAGACAAAAUGCAAACAGGGAGUUCGGGUGAAGUGCGAUCGGGUGUUGGAGUAGCAGAUACUCGAGGGAAACACAGGAUAUCUGCUGAAUUGAAGAGACUCGAGCAAGAAAUUCGUUUCUUGGAGGAAGAGCUGGAACAACUUGAGAAAAUGGAGAGCGCCUCGGCUGCUUGCAAAGAGAUGCUUAUCAAUAUCGAAACGAGACCAGAUCCUUUGCUUCCAGAGACCACCGGGCCAAUAAAUCCGAUCUGGGACAGGUGGUUUGAAGGUCCACCGGAGUCUUCUGGCUGCAGGUGCUGGAUACUGUGAAAUGUUGCCACGAAAUCGAGCUCCAAACGUUAUAACCGCAAACGACAUCAACAUCAACAACAGCCCAGAAAAAAGCCCAUGCCUUCCAACUGACUUCCAAUGUUGGUGUGGCAUUCAAGAUGACAUGUUUUAAAAUGUAUGAAACAGACAAAGAUGCAAUUUUUCAACCUCAAUUCAUUUGCCAAAGUUUUAAUUGAUCGAAUGUUGGCCUCA